AUGGCGCCCGAACAGAAGCAGGACUCGAAGACGCAGUCGGCACCCGAUACAUCCCUCCCUGAACCGCCCAGCAUUCACCCGUCGUUCAUUCAGAUCGCGAAACCGUACAUCUUCGAGCAAACAAUCCAAAAAUGUAUCGCGGCGAUGGAGAUCAAUCCUCUGCGCGAGGAGUCGAUGCGACUGCAGGGCGUGACCUGGAUCGAUAACGUUCGCCGCGCGCUGAAUUUGCCGAUUCGGACAUUCAACACGGCGGUCGUGUAUUAUCACAAGUUUCGAUUGAUUCACCCGGAUACCGAGUAUAACAACCAGGUGGAUAUCUCUUUGCAGAUUGUAUAUUAG